AUGGUCCUGCAACAUCAAGUCUUCUUCAGUAAGCGAGACAGGGCGACUCGCACCGGCCCAUCCGGCUCCGAUCACCUGCGAUGGGUUCCCAUGCGCUCUACUCUUAUGCAUACGGGAAGAACCUCGUCAGCAUCUAUUUCACCCAUUCGUACGACGACCAUCACUUCGGAAGCUCGACCCUUCUCAAAACACUUUCCUCGAGCCAAAAUCCGGGCCACAGGCCGGGCCACAGGAGAGGCCGCUUCCAGGAUGGAGAACGGGCACUGCCCCGAGAGACUGCAGGGUCUGUGGGAAAAGCUCUUCCCCGGAGAAAUCCCGGAUGCGUUUGCAUCGGCCGAAGCCCUGCCACAGGACGAAUUCGACCUGGAGAGGGAAAAGUUGAUAGUCGUGAGACUGGGCCAUACCGACUGUGAUGAGACUACGGCCUUGUGGGUUCCUUCGGCCGGUCUGCUGGUCGCGGUCUACGGUAGCACACACCCGUAUAUGGGGGAAUCUGGGACCCUGGAGGCUCGACUCACAUGGAUCACAGCGUUGGACAAGCUCGCCGCUUUGAAGCCCAUGGUUGUGGUUGGCGGACACACCAAUCCGAACAGUCCCUUGGGGCCGGACGCCAUCAGCCAGACCAGGACGUACGUGGAGGAUUUCAACCGAACGGUGGAGUCCCAGGCGGCCGAAGAGAUCUACGCACGCAUGAUGGACUGUUACCCAUCAUGCCUGAACCCCGGUUCACUCUGGGCCGGGGCUGCGCUUUCUAAACCAAAGUGA